CGUCCAUUGAUUGGGGUCGUUCGGGGAAGACGGGUCGGGGCUGCACUGAGCCUCGAGGGCUCCUCGCCUCUUCCCCCCACUGGGAAGAAGGGAGGCCAUGGGUCAGGGGUAGGGGAGCCUCUGCCCGUCGAAGGGUCCCGGGCCCAUCGCCAACGGGGAGGGCUGGGAAUGGCGCCCCGCGCACCUGGGAGAUCCUGCAGGGACGUCCGCGCCCUCCCAGACGGAGCCCGGGUCGGAGAAGACAGUCGUCCCCCGCCCCCGCCCCCACGACACACACACGGCUAACGGUCCGACGGGAUCCGGGGCGAACCGUCAGCCCAGAGGGACUCUGCACGUGCUCCGGGGUAGCCUGGUUUAGUAACAUGGGUUGUUUUUCGGUCCAGGCAGGGACGUUCGCCUUCCAGUUCCUGCUUGCCUACUUCAACAUUUUUGGGGGGUGUAUGGGAUGAAAUCUGCUCCUCCUGCUCCGCUUUAAUUGCUAUAUCUGGGAGACUUGAUAGUUGAAGCGCUUGCAACAGGAGCCAUGUGUUCCGGAGCACGUGCAGAGCGCCUCCCGUUCCUUCGGGCCCUUCAAAGUCAUUUUAUUUAUUGGUCUUCUAUCCCAUCCUUUCCUCCGAGGAGCUCAAGGAGCAAGUCCCGGAUCUGUGCUCGCCAUCACCAUGCAGUGGGUGGUGAAGAUCUACCUCCUGGGCCUGGUACUGUCUCUUCUGUCUCUGCUCUUCGGGCUGAUGGGCUUCCUGGGAGACCUGAUGCCCUCCCAUGGGGCUGGACCCCUGCCUCCCUGGCCGCUGGGUGGAAUCGGAGGGCGGAAGCCUUGCGGACGGAGCCCCCCCAGGCCUCUCGGGGGAUAACAAGCUCAGGACAAGCAAAGAGAUUGGCCCCUAUGCAUGAGCCGAGGGGCUUCGCUGGCGGCAAAACCAAAAUGGCACGGAUUAUGUGGGUUUUUUUGAGGGAUGGGGUUAACGUGGAUGGGGCUGGGUUUGUAUGUGCCUUUGCCAACCUGCCCUGGUGAAAGAGGGGGCUGGCAGCAGAAGCCCAGCUGGCCUGGGGGAGGAAGAUGCCCCCACUUGGGGAAGCCUCUGCACCCUGUUAAUUUGGAGAUUUGUGGGGCAGGUGUUGGAACCCCUGUGGAUCGAUAUGGAGACAUUGCCAACGAGAAUCAAGCCCAGACUCUGCAAAAGGGACGCCUAUUGAUCUUCUGCUGCGGGACACGGAGAAGAACACUGAGGACUAGUGACUUGGGGCCAAGAAUAUGGCUGACUUCUUCUGCUUCAUAGCCUUUUCCGAACACAAAAUGGCUUGAUUCUCAACAAACUGGGCUGAGUCACGCUCACUGAGCUCUAGACUCUUGGCUACACAGACAGAAAAGGUGUGCCCAGUGGCCGAGCCUGGCUGUUGGACGGACCUGCAUUUGGCAAAAUUGGGGGCGCAGGAUUGGGCACCCCGAGCAAAAUUCUGGGCUCCCUUCAUAGAAACAUUUCCCCCUGUUCUUCGGCGCAAUAAUGGAUCUGUGUUCUCAUCCUGUGAAAGUCUGCUAGGAAUCUGUCUGCUUACCCCAAGGUUUAGCCAUGCUGUCGCCAGCCCACCUGCAAGCAGCAGUUGGUGGAAGAGGCCUGCUGGACUGUGGAUCAUUAUUAUAUUGCGGGAGGGUCCCUAACUCGUCCCCUGCAAGGGAGGGCAGCUGUGGGCAAGGCAACCCCAGGGGCUGGCGGGGGGGGGGCGUGAGAAGAGAAAGAGACCUGCCCCUGGUGUUGCCAGGCUACCCUGCCCUCCUUGAGGUGCUUCAAACAAAAUCCCUGUGCUUUUAAUAUCUGUAGUUUACGAAGACACCCCAAAAAGGAUGCCAUUUGGUCUGGAAGGAGCAAAGGCAGCUGCAAAGGAAGGGCUCUCGCAUGCCCCCUGGUGGCAGCUGCUAAGAGUUUCAAUGGAAACAGCUAAAAGUAUUUUUCAGGACAGACUUGGGGAAAUUCUAGCCUUGGGGUGAGUGGUUCAGGGGUGCCUUUUUUGUGGUGCAAACCACCUCCUGGAUCUUCUGAUCUUGCUGGAAAUGCAGAAGGCUGUAUCCUAAAUUCUUCACUGCGCCUCCGUCUCUGAAGAAAGAAGGAUGGACAUUUUAAGCCUGUUGAGCUGCCCUCUCCUGAAAGGGAACGUUCGUGAUUCCUUCAAUAAAUGGCAACUCUUUUUAAAUAAAUAUAUAUAAAACUCAAAAUAUGAGCUCUUUAUUUGUGGGGAGGGAUUUUUUUUGGGAGCAGGGAAAUGGGGUGCUUGAAAAAGCUCCCCCUGUCACCCCCUACUUCAUAGCUGUCAACUUUUCCCUUUUCUUGCAAGGAAUCCUAUUCGGAAUAAGGGAAUUUCCCUUUAAAAAAGGGAAACAUUGACAGCUAUAACCCACUUGCUGGAAAGGGCUUUUGGUUUUGUGAAGGAAAGGUGACUGAAUUCAAAAGAUGCCUUAAGAAGAAAUCAGCUGAGGUGCUCCUCCUCCCCAGAGGACAAGUAUGGAAAACCCCCAUGAAUGUUUAUGGUUGAAGAAGCAUUCUGUGCUACCCAGAAGCUUACUUCCAGAAGGGCGAAAAAGAACAGAAAUUCACACACACAACACCUGGCUGUGUUGCUGAUGCCUCUGCUGGACAGCAGCUGCCCCCUCCCAGGAACAGCCCCCCCUUGCUGGCCAAUGUGACAUCACAGCUUGAGCCAGGUAGCCCCGCCCCUCUGCAGGGUGUCAUCGCUGAUGCUGCGGGAGCAGAGGAGCCCGGCUGCUGCUGGCUGGCUUGGCUGGCUGGGCCAGGGAGGGCCGAGAGUGGCAACGGAGGCCCCCCCGAGGCAUGCUCACCCCCUUGAGUGCCCAUGUCUAGAGGGGCCUUGGCUCGCAAGCACAGUGCUGGGGAGGAGCUGGGCCUGGAAGGGGGCUUGCUGUGCCAGCUGGUCCGCUCCCCGGAUUACAACCUGUUCCCCAACUCAGCGGUCUUUGAGAGCAACUUCAUCCAGGUGACCAAGAAGGGGAAAUGGGUGGACAUCACGAAUUCGCCCACCAUCGUGACCAUGGGAGUGACUUCCUCGGACCCCUGCCUGCCGCUCCCCAACGUCUUGCUGAUGGGGCGCCACAGGGUCCCGAUCCGGAGGAGCCACAGCAAGGCUUUAAGGCGCCCCCCUCUAGAGCUGACCAGGCUGCUCCCCCUGCGCUACGUCCGCCUGUCCGUCCACGAUGAAGCCCAGCGCAUCCUGCGCGUUCAGACUGUGACGGGGAAGGUCUACUACCUGCAGCUGCACCAGGAGCACCCCCACGCCGUCUUCGCCCUGUGGAGCCGCCUGGCCGAGAUCCUGCAGAAGGGCCUCUCCAUCACCACCAAGGACCCCAACAUCCGCAUCCGCCACAGCUUGGUCCCCAGCGGCAGCAGCCCCUCCAGCAGCUCCUCCGGUGAGUACGUGGACAGGGCGACACGGGGAAGGAGCGCAAUGAAGAAAGCCGGCAAGAAGGUGACGGGUGCCCUCGCCCACAUCUCGAAAAGCCCCCCGAAGGACAAAGGCAAGAGGAAAGUGUCCUUUCAGGGAGAUUACAAUGACGAACUCUCGGCUCUGUCCAAUGACAUUAAAGUGCUGUUCUACGACAUGCCCGCCCCCCUGGUUUGCGCCCGGUGCAAAGGGCGCCUCUCCAAGAUGUCCCGCCGGCACAGCCGAGAGCUCAGGCCCUCCGAGACGGAUUUGGACCUUCUGCCUUGGAUGGACAGCAGGAGCUACGGACUCUGGCAGCAAGAGACGCCUUCGUGGCUGCAGCCCCUCAACCGGCUGAGCAGCCUGGCUGCCGCAGGCAUGAAGUAGAGAGAUGGGCAGAGGCGCUUCGGCUCGGUCUGGGCACCGGAGAUGAAGGCUGGGCAGCGAAGCCACUGGGGAAACUGAGGCACUGGCUGGCAGAGACUAGAGAGAGAAACCCAAAGCAUAAUAAAACUAUAUGGCUGGCUGUGA